AUGAAAAAUUUUGUGUUGUGCGUUACCUUGAAUUUCCUAUUUUUUAUCAACACCGUAGUCUCAAUUCAAUUAACGGCCAGCGAAAAAAUCAUAGUUUUCGCUCCAAAAGGUAGUUUUACAUUAACUUGUAAAGUUUCUGAAGAAGAUGAAAAUCCAGAUGUUGUGUGGUAUAAGGACGGCACAAAGGUAGCGGCCAUAGAAGACCUCAAGACGGUAAUGAAAUACGACGCGUCGAAUAACGCUGUCACAUUGACAGUAAAUGAACCGAAAGAACACGCUGCCGGGAAUUACACGUGUGUCACGCCGGAAUCUUCGGAUUCGAUUGAAGUUAGAAGAAAAGUUUUAGUUAAAGUUCCAGCAAAUAUAAAUGUAGUAGAAGAAGAAAAAUUAAGAGUACAUUGUAAAAUUUUAGGAUUUCCAACGAUAUCGUGGGUAUUCUUAAAUGAAACUUACACCGAAUCGCAAGGCCGCGUUACCGUCGAAAACUACACGGAUGAAGGAAAAUUGGUGAUAAACGGAGCGCUCACAGUAUCGGACAUAAAAAAGGAAGACAGAGGAACCGUGACGUGCUUAGGUGUGGACCUCAUUACGAAUACCUCGGACAGCUCGGAGUGUAUGGUUAGAGUGAAAGACAAAUAUGCCGCCCUAUGGCCUUUCAUAGGAAUUUGCGCCGAAGUUAUCGCAUUAUGUGCCAUUAUUAUAAUCUACGAGAAAAAACGCAAUAAGACCGAACUCGAAGAAAGUGAUACAGACCAAAGUCCAGACCAAAAAAAUACUCCCGAUCACGGGAAAGAUGCAAAUCUGAGGCACAGACAGUGA